AUUGUGGCUGGAGUCAAGUACAUAAUGGAGGUUGAGAUUGGACGGACAACUUGCACCAAGCCAGCAGCUGAUCUCCAGGAUUGUGCUUUCUAUGAUGCACCACAGAUGGCUCAGCACACCAUUUGCAAGUUCGUUGUGUACACCAUUCCUUGGCAAAAUGAAACUAAGCUACUGGAGAGUAAAUGCCAGUAA